GAUAGCAUCACUCCGUAGACAUUUUCCAUCUUCUCUCUUCUAUUUCAUUUCUUGCUCUUUGCAAAGUACAUUCUGCAUCUCUGUAUAUAUAUAUAUAUAUACCUAUUCGCCAUGGCAGCACAACCUCACGCUGCAUCACCUGAUAUCGAGGACACCAAGCUUCCAUCCGAUCUCGAAGAAAGAACAAACAUACAAUUCGAUGAAAUGGUUCGCAAAGGCCGAAUUUUCUAUGACCACCAGACAGAACCUGGUGAAGUCUGUGUAGACGAUGGUUUUGUGAUUGAAUAUCGCAUUGUGCCCAUUCUCAAAGGAAAGCCUAUCCUUGCCCCAGAUGAUCCAGGCCGCAGCAAUACACCUACGCCAGAAAGCACUCGGGCAUCAACCCCAGUAGUGGCGUCGGCAUCAUCAAUAUCAACACCGGCAUUAUCACCCUCGCCAAAACCAGCUGUUAAGGGCCCUUUUGUCAAUCCCAAACCGGAUGAAGUUGUUUACGAAAAUGUCGGUUCAAAACACCGACUCAUGCUGAACAAAUUCUGCUUGUACCGGCCGAUGCUUGUGCUGCCGACAAAAGAGUUUGCUCUGCAAUCUGAUGAUCUAGAUGCAUCUGAUGUUACAGCAGCGUGGGCAAUAUUGCAUUCCUAUCAUACAUUCGAGCCGUUGGUUAUAUAUAACCGAGGCGUCAAUGGUGGCUCGUCGCAGGGUCAUAAGCAUCUGCAGCUUUUCCCUGUGCCGCCGUUAGCUCCAUUCCACGGGAAAGCAGAGAAUCUGUGGCCUGCAAAAGCUACGUCUUCCGCCGAGGUAUCGGACAGAAUACCCCAUGUACCUUUCAAACAUUACGUCUUGCGUAUACCGCCGCAGACACACGUACGAACGGUUGUUGAUAUGUAUUUCCGCCUACUUGAGCUUACGCGAAAAGCGCACGUCGAGGCUGGGCACAAUGCGGAUAGCGACUAUAAUGUGACUAUGACUAGAGACUGGAUUGCUUUGAUACCCCGAACGACGGCAGGACCGUCAGACGGGCCGUUUGGUACCAGUACGGUGGGGAUGCUGGGGAUGCCAGCGAUCAGGGAUGAGCGCGACAGAGAAAAGUGGAGGAGUCUGGGAGAUUCCAAGUUUCUGGCAAAGUUGGGAAUUCCGCAGUCUCAAUAA